AUGUCAUCCACCGAGGAGCCGACCGCACCGCCCCCAGCUGAGGAGGAAUCGGUCGCGCAGGCUCAAGUCGACGGUAGCGGACCUCCAGGAAACGGCUCUAAGAUGGUCGAGACCGAGUUCAACGUCGAGGUGAAGCUUGCAGACAUGCAGGCGGACCCAAACAACCCUCUGUUCUCUGCACAGACGUUUGAGGAGCUCAAGCUUUCGGAGGACCUUCUUCAGGGCAUUCGCUCUAUGAACUUCCGCACGCCAUCGAAGAUCCAAGAGAAAGCUCUGCCCUUGCUGCUCAUGGACCCCCCUACGAACAUGAUUGCGCAGUCACAGUCCGGAACCGGCAAGACCGCUGCUUUCUCGCUGAACUGUUUGUCGCGUGUCGACCUCUCACAGCUGAAGCCCCAGGCGCUGGUACUUGCGCCUAGCCGAGAGCUUGCACGCCAGAUUCUGGGCGUCAUCACACACAUGGGCCAGUUCAUGGAGGGUCUGAAGACAAUGGCAGCCAUUCCGGACCCAUCCAGGAGGGGCCUGAAGUACGAGGCGCACAUUCUCGUUGGCACACCAGGAACCGUCACGGACAUGCUGAAGAGACGCUUGAUUGACCAUACAGGCAUCAAAAUCCUGGUGCUGGACGAGGCCGACAACAUGCUGGACCAACAGGGCCUGGGCGAGCAGUGCACUCGUGUCAAGACAAUGCUCCCGAAGGACUGCCAGACUGUGCUCUUCUCCGCCACCUUCCCCCCGAACGUCAUCUCAUACGCCAACCGCUUCGCGCCAAAGGCCAACGUGCUGACCCUGGCACACGAGGAUUUGACAAUCGAGGGCAUCAAGCAGCUGUACAUCGACAUCGACAAGGACAACGACAAGUUCGCGACGCUGUUGAAGUUCUACGGGCUGAUGACACAAGCUUCCUCUAUCAUCUUCGUCCGGACCCGUAGGACUGCGGAGGAGCUCGAAAGACGCAUGGUGACAGAGGGACACAAGGUUGCGCAGCUCAGCGGCGCUUUGGAAGGCCCCGAUCGUGACAGGAUUAUCGACCAGUUCAGGUCCGGUGAAGCGAAGGUGCUGAUUACGACGAACGUGCUCGCACGCGGGAUAGAUGUGCAAUCCGUGACCAUGGUCAUCAACUACGACGUUCCCACCAUGGCUAACGGCCGUGAUGCGGAUCCUGAGACAUACCUGCACCGUAUCGGUCGUACUGGACGAUUUGGACGUGUUGGUGUUGCCCUUACUUUCGUGCACGACCAGCAGAGCUGGCAGCAGCUGCACGACAUUGCAACUUACUUCAAGACCGACCUGGUGCCCAUCGAUACGAACGACUGGGACGCCGUGGAGGAACUCAUCCAGAAGGUCAUCAAGAGCUCCCGAGCUGGCAAGACGACCAAGGAGAUGAACGAUAUCAUCGCUGGCGACGCCUAG